UCGCAAGCGGAGGGAGGGGGCUUGUUUUUAGCAGCAAGGUCGUUCUUUGUGUCAAAAAAUUCUUAGUUCUGUUGUGACGAUACUCAGUUUAUAAUAAUACAGUGAGUGUUUGUGUUCCGUCGCAAAGGUCGUUGCGCGCGUAUGUCGUCCGUAGUCGAUAGUAAUUAAACAGACCCGUACACUUCGAACGUUCCAAUGAGUUUGGGAGGAGGACAAAACACAGAUGGAUCAAACGCAGGAGGAAUAUUUGUUCAAUUUAACCAGGAUUGCACAUCACUGGUGGCCGGCAGCAGCCAAGGCUACCACCUGUUCGCGCUGACCCCCGACGAUGGGGUCGAGGAAAUAUAUGCGUCCCGCUCUGGCCAGGACACCUGUCUCGUCGACCGGCUGUUCAGCUCCAGCCUCGUUGCCGUGGUCACCGUCGCUGCGCCCAGGAAGCUGAUAGUGUGCCACUACAAGAAGGGCACGGAAAUAUGCAACUACAGCUACAGUAACACCAUCCUCGCCGUCAAGCUCAACCGCUCGCGGCUGGUGGUAUGCCUCGAAGAGUCGCUCCACAUUCACAAUAUCCGCGACAUGAAGAUCCUCCACACGAUCCGCGACACGCCGCCCAACCCGCGCGGCCUGUGCGCGCUGGCCCCGGCCGCUGAUCGCUGCUACCUCGCCUACCCGGGCUCGAGCGCCGUUGGCGAAGUACAGAUCUUCGACGCGGUGCACUUAAACGCUAAAUGCGUGCUUAGCGCGCAUGAUUCCGGAUUAGCUGCCUUAGCCUGGUCUUCAUGUGGGCGGCGAUUAGCGACUGCAUCAGAACGGGGAACCGUUAUAAGAGUAUUCGCUGUACCAGAGCGAGUACGCCUGUUUGAAUUCAGGCGCGGAGUGAAGAGAUGUGUGUCGAUAUCUUGCUUGGCGUUCAGCGCGUGCGGGACGUUUCUGGCGGCGUCGUCGAACACUGAGACGGUGCACGUGUUCCGUUUGGCGGAGCCGCCGACGCCGCCCACGCCGCAGCCCGGCGCGGACCCACCAGCAGGCGCAGCGGCGAGCGGAGCGGCGGCGGCGGCCGGGGCGGGCGCGGGCGCGGGCGAGGCGGAGGGCGGCGGCUGGCUGGGCUGGCUGUCGUCGGCCGUGGCGGCGGGCGCCGGCCUGCUGCCCGCGCAGGUGGCCGACGUGCUGGCGCAGGGCCGCGCCUUCGCUGCGGCCAGGCUGCCCAUCCAGCCCAGCCGCGCCAUGGUCGCCAUCACCAAGUCAGUACCUUUACUUCACCGGGCCAGGCGGAGGCGGCGGCUGGCUGGGCUGGCUGUCGUCGGCCGUGGCGGCGGGCGCCGGCCUGCUGCCCGCGCAGGUGGCCGACGUGCUGGCGCAGGGCCGCGCCUUCGCUGCGGCCAGGCUGCCCAUCCAGCCCAGCCGCGCCAUGGUCGCCAUCACCAAGUCAGUACCUUUACUUCACCGGGCCAGGCGGAGGCGGCGGCUGGCUGGGCUGGCUGUCGUCGGCCGUGGCGGCGGGCGCCGGCCUGCUGCCCGCGCAGGUGGCCGACGUGCUGGCGCAGGGCCGCGCCUUCGCUGCGGCCAGGCUGCCCAUCCAGCCCAGCCGCGCCAUGGUCGCCAUCACCAAGUCAGUACCUUUACUUCACCGGGCCAGGCGGAGGCGGCGGCUGGCUGGGCUGGCUGUCGUCGGCCGUGGCGGCGGGCGCCGGCCUGCUGCCCGCGCAGGUGGCCGACGUGCUGGCGCAGGGCCGCGCCUUCGCUGCGGCCAGGCUGCCCAUCCAGCCCAGCCGCGCCAUGGUCGCCAUCACCAAGUCAGUACCUUUACUUCACCGGGCCAGGCGGAGGCGGCGGCUGGCUGGGCUGGCUGUCGUCGGCCGUGGCGGCGGGCGCCGGCCUGCUGCCCGCGCAGGUGGCCGACGUGCUGGCGCAGGGCCGCGCCUUCGCUGCGGCCAGGCUGCCCAUCCAGCCCAGCCGCGCCAUGGUCGCCAUCACCAAGUCAGUACCUUUACUUCACCGGGCCAGGCGGAGGCGGCGGCUGGCUGGGCUGGCUGUCGUCGGCCGUGGCGGCGGGCGCCGGCCUGCUGCCCGCGCAGGUGGCCGACGUGCUGGCGCAGGGCCGCGCCUUCGCUGCGGCCAGGCUGCCCAUCCAGCCCAGCCGCGCCAUGGUCGCCAUCACCAAGUCAGUACCUUUACUUCACCGGGCCAGGCGGAGGCGGCGGCUGGCUGGGCUGGCUGUCGUCGGCCGUGGCGGCGGGCGCCGGCCUGCUGCCCGCGCAGGUGGCCGACGUGCUGGCGCAGGGCCGCGCCUUCGCUGCGGCCAGGCUGCCCAUCCAGCCCAGCCGCGCCAUGGUCGCCAUCACCAAGUCAGUACCUUUACUUCACCGGGCCAGGCGGAGGCGGCGGCUGGCUGGGCUGGCUGUCGUCGGCCGUGGCGGCGGGCGCCGGCCUGCUGCCCGCGCAGGUGGCCGACGUGCUGGCGCAGGGCCGCGCCUUCGCUGCGGCCAGGCUGCCCAUCCAGCCCAGCCGCGCCAUGGUCGCCAUCACCAAGUCAGUACCUUUACUUCACCGGGCCAGGCGGAGGCGGCGGCUGGCUGGGCUGGCUGUCGUCGGCCGUGGCGGCGGGCGCCGGCCUGCUGCCCGCGCAGGUGGCCGACGUGCUGGCGCAGGGCCGCGCCUUCGCUGCGGCCAGGCUGCCCAUCCAGCCCAGCCGCGCCAUGGUCGCCAUCACCAAGUCAGUACCUUUACUUCACCGGGCCAGGCGGAGGCGGCGGCUGGCUGGGCUGGCUGUCGUCGGCCGUGGCGGCGGGCGCCGGCCUGCUGCCCGCGCAGGUGGCCGACGUGCUGGCGCAGGGCCGCGCCUUCGCUGCGGCCAGGCUGCCCAUCCAGCCCAGCCGCGCCAUGGUCGCCAUCACCAAGUCAGUACCUUUACUUCACCGGGCCAGGCGGAGGCGGCGGCUGGCUGGGCUGGCUGUCGUCGGCCGUGGCGGCGGGCGCCGGCCUGCUGCCCGCGCAGGUGGCCGACGUGCUGGCGCAGGGCCGCGCCUUCGCUGCGGCCAGGCUGCCCAUCCAGCCCAGCCGCGCCAUGGUCGCCAUCACCAAGUCAGUACCUUUACUUCACCGGGCCAGGCGGAGGCGGCGGCUGGCUGGGCUGGCUGUCGUCGGCCGUGGCGGCGGGCGCCGGCCUGCUGCCCGCGCAGGUGGCCGACGUGCUGGCGCAGGGCCGCGCCUUCGCUGCGGCCAGGCUGCCCAUCCAGCCCAGCCGCGCCAUGGUCGCCAUCACCAAGUCAGUACCUUUACUUCACCGGGCCAGGCGGAGGCGGCGGCUGGCUGGGCUGGCUGUCGUCGGCCGUGGCGGCGGGCGCCGGCCUGCUGCCCGCGCAGGUGGCCGACGUGCUGGCGCAGGGCCGCGCCUUCGCUGCGGCCAGGCUGCCCAUCCAGCCCAGCCGCGCCAUGGUCGCCAUCACCAAGUCAGUACCUUUACUUCACCGGGCCAGGCGGAGGCGGCGGCUGGCUGGGCUGGCUGUCGUCGGCCGUGGCGGCGGGCGCCGGCCUGCUGCCCGCGCAGGUGGCCGACGUGCUGGCGCAGGGCCGCGCCUUCGCUGCGGCCAGGCUGCCCAUCCAGCCCAGCCGCGCCAUGGUCGCCAUCACCAAGUCAGUACCUUUACUUCACCGGGCCAGGCGGAGGCGGCGGCUGGCUGGGCUGGCUGUCGUCGGCCGUGGCGGCGGGCGCCGGCCUGCUGCCCGCGCAGGUGGCCGACGUGCUGGCGCAGGGCCGCGCCUUCGCUGCGGCCAGGCUGCCCAUCCAGCCCAGCCGCGCCAUGGUCGCCAUCACCAAGUCAGUACCUUUACUUCACCGGGCCAGGCGGAGGCGGCGGCUGGCUGGGCUGGCUGUCGUCGGCCGUGGCGGCGGGCGCCGGCCUGCUGCCCGCGCAGGUGGCCGACGUGCUGGCGCAGGGCCGCGCCUUCGCUGCGGCCAGGCUGCCCAUCCAGCCCAGCCGCGCCAUGGUCGCCAUCACCAACGUGGGGCGCGCGCCGCGGCUGCUGGUGGCCACGGCGGGCGGCGAGCUGUUCGUGUACGCGCUGGCCGCGGCCGAGGGCGGCGACUGCGCGCUGCUGCGCACGCACCGCCUGCUGGAGCCGCGCGCGCCGCCGCCGCCCGAGCCCACCGACGCGGCGGCCGGCAACAGUUACGCGGGCGCGCUGCGCGGCCGCGACCCCCACAGGAUGUCAGACUCGGAGCGCGACUCGGAGCUGGGCGCGGCGCUGGAGGGCUCGCCGCCGCGCGGGCCGUUCGACCUGCGCGACCCCAAGCACUUCCCGCCCAUGCGCGCGCAGGCGCCCGCCCUCGACUAGCCGCGCCGGCGCAGCCGAGACCACUCGCGUGCCCGCCCGGACCGACGUCAACUCGUUCACAAGUCGGCUUGUGUGAGCAAAGGACCUUUUAUUGAAACUGGAUGUUCCGUCUAAGUCACUCUGUACUACUAAGAUGGUCGGCACUUUAUCAUUUGUCAUCAUGCCUGUCACGUUCUAACAAGUAUGUAAGCGCAUAGUGACAAAUGAUAAAAAUGGAACCCUGCUGCCACCGCUGUUGAUGCGUCAUAACACCUUGAAUGACGAUUCACGCAUUUUGCAUUUCCUUCUAUAUGAUAAUCUCUAAAUUAGCUCAAGUGCUGCUUAAGGGACAUUCUAGAGAAUCACCCUGCAUAAGAGACGAUGAUUCCGUUUUCAUUUAAGGUCAUCGCCUCAACAAAAUGUAUUAGACGGGACUAGCUUGAAUAAAAGUUCCUUAGUCCGGGGUAAAACAAAAGUAGCGCUCGUUGUGGUGUACCUUAUCUUAAGGUUUACUUACCCAUCACGGUUCCUUAGGCCAAUAAACUGACAUCUGUCAAAAUCGCACAAUGUCAACAUUAGACAAAAUGUGAGACUAACAUAGAUUUGACGGUGGUGCGGUGUAACGCGAGCAAUUUAAUUGCAAAAUAAAACUCCGAUCAACGCUGGUCUAUUUGUGUUAUUUGAUACGUGGAACAUACUUAAACGGCAAAAUUAACCAACGUCGAAUGGAAUUUUAUACAUUGCGCUGAUUUAAAGUCGUGACUGAGUCGAGUCGAUUUAAAGUCGUGAAUGUUGUUUACAUUUGAAAUUGUUUAGCGUCCGGGAAACUGUAUUGUUAUAUUUAUAGAAUCAAACUUCGAAAUAGUACUGAUACUUAGCAGAGCUGCUUUAGAUCUCUUGAAUUUACUUUGAUCCAGUAGCAGUUUGUAGUAAAAUUUACUUUAUUACAAAAUAUUGUAUGACUGACGUUUUUUUAGUAACGGAAAAUAUACAAGACCUUGCUACCUCCCUUCGGCAACCUUCACUCGUUCAUGUCAAAAGGCCAUUAUUUUUCUACAUUUAAUGUUUCUAAGACAGCUCUGUUAGUAAAAUACACUACUUGCGUAUACGUACAAAGUAAUAGUUAAAUUUAAUAAUGAUUCAACUUUAGGGCCACCUGUUCUAGAAACUGUUUGUUAUUAUUCAUAAUGUCAGUUUUAUGAACAUUGUAACAAUACCCUCGCACCAAGGAAGCUAACUGUAUUGCGACAGGUGAUAGCAUUCUCUCUCACACUUAUUCAUCAGAGACAGAUCAGUAGCAUGUCCAAUUAUAGCAUUGCCAAUUCGUGAAAAGCUAAAUUCAGUGCAUUAUCAGUUCUUAUAAAAAAUCCUUUUGAACUCUUUUUAAUUCCUGUGUUAGUGUAGUGUGUGUGCAACGCCACACGCACACUGCUGUACUUAUAUAUAAGUAGCAUACAUUGUAACUGUAACCAGAAUAAACCUAUAAGUACUUCAGCCGAAGUACUUCUCCUUUAACGCGCCACCUCACAUGGCGAUCCUACCAAGGUACUACUACUAAGCUACUUAUAUAUAGUUAGGUGUGACUGUGGCGUUGCACACACACUACGAUUACGAUAGACUAUUUCUGUAACCUUAACUUAGUAUUUUCUUAAUAUAUAAGUGUGAACGAAUGCUUUCAUCGGCCUGCAUCGCUAACAGUGACUUAAGGCAUUUCAACCAAGCUUAAUUACUUUCGAAAUGCCUUAUGUCGCAGCAUUGCAGUCUAGAUAUACGAUCGGCAACUAUUAGCAAUGCGGUGCCUAAAUACACACAACUGACCAAUUCUAGACUCUAUCACAAAGGCAUAAAGUCUAGGUAUGGUCAGUUUUGUGUUUCUUCGGGCUUGUAUCAAGGCCUUACGAAGCGCGAUUUUGUGCGCCGCGAAAAAAAAGUCAAAAUGUGAAAAUGAAAAAAAAAAUAGUAUUAGUUAAGACAAAGGUUUUAAAAACGUGAAAAAAAAGAUGCUUUAAGACAUUGUAUGUAUUUAGCUAAUUAGUUUUUAUCAAAUUGCGAGUAGCGUUGCGGCAAAUGUAUUCACAAAUCAUGGCUAGAAAAUACCUCUGGUAGACCUAAUACUCUCUUUUUAAAAGCCUUACGCUGCCGCGCCGGGCACAUGUGAGCGAUUUUAGUAUGCAAAUUAAAAGCGCGGCGUUCAAUGUAGGACUUUAUUGUAUUGUGAUAGAAUUGAAAACCUCAUGACAACAUUUUACAUUUAUCUCUGAUAUAGUUCGUGUCAAGGCACGCGUCUUGGUGAAUGACACGAUAUAAUGGCAACAAAAUAAUGUAUGAGUAUCUGUUUCGUUUCGUUUGAAAAUGAUUGCAACAGAAAAUUAAUUUCAACUCAAUGACCGCUAUAACACGACUCAAAUUACAUGUUAUUUUCUAUUGGAGCCCAAGUUAUUUUCUUUCCAUGAUUGUAUUUAUAGUGGUAGCUGACGAUUUGACGUUAUUUUUGGCCAUAAUUGUUACAAAUGUGAAAUUAUGUACCUGUAUAAUUAAUUUACUUAAAGUGAGGCCUGUCUUUCAUCUGAAAUUAUUCAUAUAAUUUUCAUUUUUAUCUGUAAAUGCUCGAAGUUAUUUUAGGUAAACGAUCGGCCUCAUUAUUAGCAAUACGCUUGUAAAUUAAGUUGAGUGUACAGACAAAGAAAUAUAAUUCAUCUUGACUGUACCUCCAGAGCUUAGAAGUCAACUUUGAUGUUAAAAUUGUAUGAAAUUCAAAAUCGCACUCGUGUUCAUUGUAUAUAGAGUAUAUAUGUCUCGGAUAAUUGUAUGUAAACGAUAAGUAUAGUUUAACGAGCGAGCAGCUCGCGCGAGGGGCGACUUUGUUCUCCAAAUACUGGGUAAUGGGCAAUGAAAAUGGAUCACUUUGUUUAGAAAGUUCAUAUAAUAUGACCCAUUGUCAUUGCUCUAGAUCUAGGUUCACCAAAUGGCGCACUGCGGUCCGGAUCUGGACCGCCGACCUAUUUUAUUUUUAUGCUAAUUUAAAAACCGGACCCCUGAAGAUACUUAUUGGUGAUCCCUGCUCUAGAUUAUAAACCUUAGCAGCUAGGUUGUCUAAAUGACAAAAGAAGGCAAUUUCUUAAAUAAUAUAUUGUAUGUAAAACUUGGAUCAAGGCAUCAUAGUUUUCAAAUAAUUAUUAGACGCGAAUUUGUCCUCGGCGUUAUUAAAGAAAAAUACCUGUUAUGUAAUAUGACACCAAUGGAAUGUAGUAUAAGAUGUUAUUUCGGAAAUAUGCCAAUAUGAACUGACAUUUGGAGAACAAUACAACGCCUCCGCCGCCGCCGAACAUGACAAACCAAAACUUUGGAGAUUUGUGAUCUGUAAAUUAGCUGUAAGCCGGUGGCGGCACUCGCAACUACCUGUACACUUCAAUGAUGGGAUUUAAAAUCACUUUAGUUGGUUCAAUAACCACCACUGUUUACAAUCCUUGUUUAAAAAUGUAAAAUGGGAACUAUCUGAAGUACUUUUAACAAGUAAUUUCAUUUGUCAUAACAAGAAAUGUCAAGCGCACGCCAACAUAACCAUUAUUUUACGUUAUGGGCACAAUUCAUGACGUCUUCAACGCUUCUUAGCUUUCCAUCAGUUGAAAAGAUCCCAGGCCUGCCGGACAAAAAGCCGGGCGAAGAAAAAGUAAAAACUAUUACAAAAACUUAUAUCAUAUCGACGUAUUGAAGUCUCUCCUGACCUGUUCAGUAGCUGGAAUGUUGAAGAAAUAAGAAUGUAACUUUGAAUCCCAUUAUGUAAGUGAACGGGGUUAAGCACUGCCACGGCAGCUCCCGUAAGCUCGCACCUUGCGUACUUUUCACAUCAUGUUUCACAAAACUACGGCUUAAUACCCUAAUAUAU